UAUACAGUUGCGAGUGUGCAUAGAGGAGGUUUGCUGACAUUUUGAUGGAAGCUAAAAGCCAAAGCUUGGUGCCCGAGUCAUAUGCUAUCAACGGAGGAGAUGGACCUUACAGCUAUGCCCAGAACUCCUUGUAUCAGAGAGGAAUUAUGGAGGCUGCCAAAGGUAUGAUCAAUGAGGAAAUCGCCAUGAAACUUGACAUUCAAAAACUUUCAUUAGCAGCUUCAGAGCCAAUAAGGAUUGCAGACUUAGGUUGCUCUUGUGGAGCCAAUACAAUUCUGGCAAUCCAAAAUAUCAUGGAGGCUCUAAAGCGCAAGUUCCGAACCCAUCCAACUCCUGAAUUUCAGGUCUUUUUCAAUGACCAAGUUAGCAAUGACUUCAAUUCACUGUUUGCAUCACUUCCUGUACUUGGGAGGCAAUACUAUGCAGCUAGUGUUCCAGGUUCUUUCCAUGGCCGCCUAUUUCCCACGGCUUCCCUGCAUUUUGUUUACUCAUCAUGUGCACUCCAUUGGCUCUCUAAGGUGCCAAAAGGGGUGGUAGACAAAACUGAUCCUGCCUGGAAUGAGGGUAGGAUUCAUUACACUGGUGCACCAAAGGAAGUGUUUGAAGCUUAUUCGGAUCAGUUUGCGAAGGACAUAGACUCAUUUUUACAAGCAAGAGGGAAAGAACUUGCACCUGGCGGGUUAAUGGCUCUUCUUAUACCCGCUAUUCCUGAUGUGAUCUCCCACCCUCAGAUUACAACAGGAUCAGAACCUGAACUUUUGGGUUCUUGCCUUGUGGACAUGGCAAAAAUGGGAAUAGUAAGUGAGGCGAAGGUUGAUACUUUCAACUUGCCUAUUUACUUCACAUACCCAAAAGAAUUGCGGCAAAUUAUAGAGGGGAACGGAUGUUUCAGCAUUAAGAGGAUGGAGAUACUGAACAUCCCAAAGCAGCGCAUAGUCAUGCCUGAACCAAGACAGCGAACGCUGUACCUGAGAGCUCUCUUGGAAGCACUCAUUGAGAAACACUUCGGAAAUGAAAUCAUUGAUCAACUCUUCGAGAUAUACUUAAGGAAACUGUCGGAGUCACCCAUUAUCUUGAACCCGGAAUACCAGGAAACAACUGCACUCUUCGUCCUCCUCAAGCUAAAUUAAUAAGGAAUGCUUAUCUCAUUUCUCAAUAAAGAUUGAAGAAAGUUUUUCCUUUUUCAAUAAGAGAAGAAAGUUACUAUUCAAUUAUUAGCAGUUUCAUUGUUAUUAAUAACAUGAACCACCGAGCCCUUUUACCAUGCAGUCCUAAUUGGUUGAUAUGGAAAGAAAAUGACUGUGAUUAGAGCUACUAGAGGUGGCAAAAUGGAUGAGUUUUGGUUGCUUCGGUUGGUUCAAACUUGGGGUUAAGUUCA